AUGUCGGCACCAGCGAGGAUCCUGCGCUGGCCUCUGCACGGCAAGACAGCGCGGCCAUCGUCGACGUCGAAAGCAGCUUGCACCGCUGCACCACCACCAUGGCCAUCUCCUGCAGCAAUUGAAUCGCGCCAACAACCAUCUCUCCAUCUCUCGACAACCACCCGUCCGCCACAACACCCCCAGCAGACAUACCCCUCGAGAAAGAACCUAACAACACUCCAACAAGACACUCGGGUGCCGCCAAACCCGCUUCCCGAGAUAGCCCUCUUCAAAUCCUACCCGCCUCUCCUCUCGCCAGACCCAAACCACCACAAACCGCUCGACGAGAGGAAAGUCAAGCUCGGCAAGACCCUCCGUAUCCUCCAAUCGCACCUACCCACCCUCCUCCAGUCCCCGCUCCCUCAACAAGUCCUGUCCCCAUCGAUCACCCUGCACCUCUUCCCCUCGACGCACCCGCACCUGCCGACGGUGACGGGCCGCGUGGCCUACAUCGCCGCGCUGUGGUCGAGCCCAAUCGCGUGGAACCGUGUUCCGCUUGUCGGCAACGUGCGGCUAGAGAUCCUGUCGGAGCGCAUGGUCGACUCGCCGGUGUACGCCAGCCUACCCGGCGGGAGGAGGCCCGAGGGUGCGUGUGGCGAGCAGCUGAUUGUGCGGUGGAGGACGGUCGGCGGGGGCGGGGGGAAGGUGAGGGGUUGGCUAGGUUUCGGGAAUGGGGAGGGGAAGAAUAACAACGGUAAUACUGCCGGGAAGAUGCCGGGAAUUAGUGGUAAGAAAGAGACUUGUGAUGAGAAGGAGGAUGGGGCAGUGGAGAGGCUGCUGAAGGGGGAGGAGAGGAAGACCGAGGUGAAGGCGCCGGUGGGGAUGGCGCAGCCCGCUUCCGGGGGAGGGAGCAAGGAGUUCACUGGGUUGUUCAUCUUCGAUUUUGACAGCGAGGGAAGGAUAUUGAGCCAUACGAUUGAGCAUGUGCAGGAAGGGGGUCAGUGGGAGAAGGGAGUUGGUGCCAAGGUGGUUGGUCUGACGGAUUGGUUGCUGGGCGGUAUCAAAGGGGGCGAUGCGCCGUGUCCUGUUUUUGCGAGGGCGAGGUUUAGGAAGGGGAGGUCAUGA